AUGCAUCGCCCUUCGUUUUUAGCACUAGUCGCUCUUUUUUUGGCUGUUACUCAAUCGGCCACAUCUUAUCCGAUCUUCACUGAUAGAUCGGGCGAAGCAAAUCAAUUGGAAGAAACCAAGGCUCCUGGAUUAUGGCAAUCGGUUGGAAAAGAAGGACUUGAUUUAUUACCUGAGCCGCCAAAGACCAAAUAUAGCCUGAUCCCAUCAUGGUCAAACAACCGAAAUGGGCAAACAUCCCAGCGAGGGCCUGCCCAUCCACAUCCAUAUCAAACCUCCCCAGUCCUCGUUCCGGCAACACUGGAUAUACUGUCCGAACAAAUGCAUAAACAUUACAACAGUCACCUCAAAGACAAGCAAGAGCAUAAAUCAAAGUACAUGAGUGCAGCCGAACAAAGACAAAACCACUAUAGCGAACUCUUGAGCUAUCUACACGCCAAAAACGCCCUGAACAAAGACCCCAACCACUCCACACCUGCAUCGUUCUCUCUCGCAUCUUCAGCAGGUCACUCCGUUUCCUUUUUCUCGUACCGCCUCUCAUGGCCGGCUCUGGGAUCUAGCACCACAAACAUGCCCCGAUAUCCACUCCCGGGUAUUUUUACAACGGUAAUCGUUCUUCUGGCAAUGGUUUGGAUUGCAAUCUUCACAAUUGGGUUGGUUGAAUUGGCAAACUUUGUCUGGGAACGAAGAAAAGAGGCGGAAGAAGCCCAGGAAGAGGAAGAUUAUGAGCAUGGCGAGGAAGGAAGUGUGCGCUUGAACAGCUUGAAGUCGGUGCCGUUCACAGUUGUUUUUCCAUCGAAUAGACUCAGAUCCAUUUCAGAAAGAGAAGAGGAGGAGUAUCCGGUAGCCGUCUUUAGUGAUGCCGAUUUGAGUGCUGUCACUGAUGCAGAUCAUCUCCUGAUCUGA